UCGUCGAGUACGAAGCUUAACCGGUGUCCUUUUCUCCUCAUAUCAAAAAAGAUAAAGAGAGAGAAAGAGAGAAGAUAUAAAAAAGUAAAUCAGAACAUUUUACGGUAUUAAGAGAAGCUAAUUUCUAUCUCUCAUAUCUUUUAUCCAUCCAUAUUCAACGAUAAAGAAAUAUUAUCUAAGAGAAAAGAGAGAGAAAGAGAGAGAAUAUUGUUGAAGAUCUAAUAAUAAAAAAGAGAUAGAAAGAGAUAGAAAAAAUGAAGUUCUCUUUGGUGUGGUUGUUCUGCUGUCUCGUCAUCCUGGCUGAAAGGACCCUUGGCAAUCCCUAUUUUGACGAAGAUUCGCUUGCUUUAGUCCCGGAAGAAGACUCAUUACAGGUAGUAGACUCAGACUAUUCAGACAAUGCCUUGGAGAAUUUAAUGCGAGCGGCUCAACAAAAGCGUUCCUCGUUGAUUCAUUUGUUCAGACGUGCCUGCAUAAGACGCGGUGGUAACUGCGAUCACCGGCCGAAGGAUUGUUGCUAUAGCUCGAGUUGCCGUUGCAAUUUAUGGGGUUCUAACUGUCAGUGUCAACGGAUGGGUCUCUUCCAAAAAUGGGGUUAAACUGGACGAUCCAAUCCUUAAAAUGACCCUGAUGAUCUCACUAUACCAAAUCCAACACUCUUAUAUUUCAUUUCCUUAUACAUUGUAAACCCCGACCCGACCCACCCACCUCCUUCAUCCUCAUUUCAAUACGCGAUAUCCUUCGAAAAAUGACAACAACAAAAUGGAGACAAAAAAAAUAUUAUAAUAAUAUAAUUAUAAUAAUAAUAAUUAUUAUUAUAUAAUGAUAAUGCAGAUGUUAACGAUAAUUAAUAAUUAUAAUGAGAAAAUUGAUAAAAGAAACCAUCUACGCACAAGCGCGAUCCAUUAAUUCGACGUUCGAUCAAUGAUCUAUCUUUAUUUAUUUUUAUUUUUAUUUUCAUUCGUUUAUUAUUAUGACUAUUAUUUCUUUUUUCUUUUUAUCGAUAUGUCGCUAAAUUUUAUUUAUUUCUUUUCCGAUUUUAUUCGUUGUCAGGAUCGAUGAUUCGUCAUGAAUUUUUUUUUUCUAAUCUCUCAUCUAACCACUAACUUUAUUAUUUUUUUUACUUAUAUACAUGUUAUAUAUAUAUAUAUAAAUUAUUUUAUAUGUGUCUAAAUAUGAAAUGAUUGUUAUAUAAUCGUUAUAUGUAGGAUCGAUGAUAUUUCGACGAAAUUUCUUUUAUUUUUCAAUCUCUGAUUAAAUUUCUAAAUCCUUUUCGUUUCUUUUCCUUUCAAAUUCUAAUCUUGAAUCUCUUCUUUUCUUUAAUCACUAUUUAAUUUCUUAUCUAUAUAAUUAGAUACGAAAUUUCUAAUCCCUCUUGGGAUAAACACUUCAUAAUCUUUUUUAUUUUUCUUUUACUUUUCUUUUUCGUUUGAUUAGAAAAAAACAAGUAAAAGAUAAAAGAUAAAUAAUUAUUUAAUCGAUUUAACAAGAACGUCGAAGGAUAUAAUCUUCUCUAUGAACUACCUCGUCUCCAAUUGUUCGAUUCUUUCUCUUUCCUUUCUCUCUCUCUCUCUUUCUCUCUCUCUCUCUCUCUCUCUUUCUCUUUCUCUCUCUCUCUCUCUCUUUUUCUCUCUUUUCCCCUUCCUAACUAUAUUCAUCCUUCGAGUUCCAACAACAACACGUCGUUCUAUCCACGAUAUAUCCUAGCAAAAGGAUCAAAGGAUCAGAGUCAAUUCAACGAAACCAUGAAGGAAUCUAAUCUAUGGUGCGACAUCAUCGAGGAAGAUAACAAGAUAUCAUCUUGACGACAUAAAAUCUGAACAAUACGAUUAUCGUUUUAGUACGCUUACCUUCAAUUAAUUUGCUAUUUUCGUUCGUCGUGCGUGAUUCUCCAUAGAAAAAAGAAAAAAAGAAAUCAAUAGAAAUAUUCCACGUUAUUGAGAGAAUUAAUUAAACGAGAACGAAGAAUCAUCAUCGAAGGCCACAAUAUCGUUUUAUCUAAACGAACGAACGAACGAACGAAGAAAUGAUUAAUAGAAAAUUUCGUAAAUUUCGUUUUUCAUCUUUUUUCUUUUUCUUUUGCGUGUUCUAGUUUUCUUGUACAUUUUGAUUAGAUUUUCUCGCGGCCUAAUGCUUCCUAAAUCCUUUUUCGCGAGCAACGACGAACAAUGGGAUAUAUGUAAUGGAAAAUAAUAAAUAAAUAAAUAAAUAAAUAAAUAAAUAAAUAAAAAAUAUAUAUACAUAAAUAUAUUAUAUAUAUACUAUCCGAGAAAUGUUUUUUCUUUUUCUAUUUCCUUUUCUUUUUUCUUUCUAAAGAUUUAUACGAUAUCUAGAAUGCUUGAAAAGGAACAUUGUUUUGUAGAUUGUAACAACGUAAUUUGUCGGGAAAAAUUAGAUGCGAAGAAAAAAAAAAAAAAAAAGAAUUUGGUCGCAAUGAUGCUAAAAAAAGGAACGCGAAGCAAGGAGAUCUCGAAUCGAAUCGAAGCAUCUUUGAAAUUAAAAACGACACACUCAUUUUAAGUGAUCUAUGCUAAUUUAAGUGAAAUAACCAAAAACGACAGGAAUACAAAUUUAAAAAAAGAAAGAGAAGAAAAAAGAAAAGAAAAAGAAAAAAAGAAUUAUAAAAUUUAAAAAUAAAACAAUAAUAUAUGUAAUUACGCAUUGUAUCCGAAGAUGGAUGUAAACGUACUGAUGUAUACCAUAUGGAAAUAUAAUAUAUAUUAUAUAUGUA